AUGGACAAGGCCGCCAAUAGCAACGGCAACGGUCGUGGCGCGGGCGAUGCGCGCGUGGGUGAUGGUCGUGGUGCCGGCAUUGGUGCCGGCAAUGCUCGUGGCGGCGGCCACGGUGGCGGUGGUUGCGGUGGACGAAACGAUGCCAGCGCCUACCGGCCGAUGAAACAGGCCACGGACGGCCGGCGCCCGCUCACGGCCAAGGAGGUAGCGCUGCGCGAGGAGCGCGGCGUCCCGAAAAACUACCGCGGCUCGGUCAAGGAGCGGAAGGCGCCCGUCCCUGCCGACGUCAACUGCGCCGUCUGGAUCUCCAACCUCCCGUUCGGCACCACGACCAAGGAUAUCUUCAACGCACUGCGGAAGGAUUACCCCGUGGGCCGCGUCGCCAACGUCAGCGUCAUGCCCGGCACCACCGAACGCCUCAACCCUGGCGUGCGCAUCGUCUUCUUCAAGCACGCGCCCGCUCUCGCGCUGCACACGCUCGGCAACGGCCCAGCAGGAUUCCACGUCAACGGCAGGCGCGUGAAGAAGGUGCUGUGGGAUCGCAUCGGCGCGCUGGAGCAACCCGAGGGCUGCCGCGGCAACUUCCACACGCGGGUGCUGUACAUGGACGGGCCGAGGGACGUCGCCAACAUGUCCAACAUUCGGGCGCUCAUCGAGGGCAACAUCGUCUACCAGACUGAUCAGGUCGGCGAGUACUAUGCGGGCGAUCGCGGAACGGUCGUGUGGGCUUUCGCCAAGUUCAGCGGCCAGGCGCAGGCCGCGGUCAUGAUUCUGCGCCAGAAGUACAAGGACAUGCCAGAGGUUACCGUUCUGUAUGGCGAGGACGACUGCGGCAUGAUCUAG